GCUUAUCAAUAAUUAUCACCAUAUAAAUAGUAGGUAAUAGGUAUAAUAAUAGUUAAUAAUUUAGUAGCUACUCAAUUACCAAUUACUUUGGACGUCUGGAAUAUUGAGUAAUGAGUAUUGACAGUCUUAUAAUAUAAUACACAACUUAUGCAACAUCACUCAAAAGUGCGAAACUCCAAUAUCCAUUAACCAGUCACUAUAGUGCCACUAACUACUGCUACAGGUCAUAUAUUUUCCACGGCCAGUAGAUACUUCAAAUAUGGCAUCGAAUUUGACAAAAAUGGUGAAGUUCAAUAACGGUCAGCUAUAUCCAAUCUUAGGUUUGGGAACUUGGCAGGCGUCAUCAGUUAUUGAUGACUCUACUCACGCUGCGCUCAUCGACUCCAUAAAAAGUGCAAUUGACAUAGGAUAUCGUCAUUUUGACUGUGCGGCCAUUUAUAACAAUGAAAAAUUGGUGGGAAAGGCUGUAAAUGAUAAAAUUUCAGAAGGUGUAAUUAAAAGAGAUGAACUAUACAUCACUAGUAAGCUGUGGAACAAUAAGCAUAGAUUUGAGCUGGUAGAAGAAGCAUUGAAGAAUACUUUGAAUGAUCUGUGUUUAAGUUAUGUCGAUUUAUAUCUUAUCCAUUGGCCUUUUGGAACUAGUGCAAUAGGAUAUGGUCUUGAUAUGGAUCUACGAGGUUACUUGCCUUAUCUGGAUUGA